CCGGUUAUAGUAAAUUUGAACCUACCGUGUCUAUAGCGAUAUUGGCUUUUUAUAAACAUGUUUUCAUUUAAAAAAACAAUCUUAUUUUUUCUUAUAUUCAUCAGAUACUGUUGGGGAAAAAAGUUUGACAUAGACAAAUCUAAGUCCCAUCCGGAUAAUGGAGAUGUUUAUGACAACUGCCUGGAGCUCACAACGGGCGUUUAUGAAACUAUAAUAUUGGAAUGUCUCAAAAAAGAGUCAGUUCAUCAUUGUUGCCCCCACGUUAUCACCCAGAAAUACCAGAACAGAUUUUCUGCACGGGAUAAAAAGUUGCAGCACUCCCACAGUCUGAUGCCGCGAGCCGCCGCUUUACCAAGAAUAAUUCAAGCACCUAGAAACGGGCGACCCCAACCCAACAUCUAAUGAUAUAUCAUCAAAUAUAUAUAAUUUUCUUAAUGAAAUAUAUUUAUAAGUACUAAUUAAUAAGUCUACUAUUAUAUCUAUACAGGAUGACUCAGAACAUCCGAAAAAAAUGUGUACAGGAGACUCUUAUAAAUCAAAUUAUGUAAAAAAAAUCUAAAAGGGCGAACAUGAU